CCGCUCAUCAUUAGAGAACCGACCGCCUCAGCCACACAUCAUGCAAGCUGCAGUUGCCUAUCUGUUGGCAUUCAUUCUGCUCAUACAUUCUGCUGUGGCAUGGUCAUUCGGACGCGAGGCUCAAGGUGGAAACGAGGCUCUUGAUAGCAGAAUGAAUGAGCUGCGACAGAUAGCCCCGUACCGAUUAUUCAAAAGGACACCACACAUUAUCGAAGCAAGGGGACUGAGUCAAUUCAAGAACUGCUACUUUAGCCCGAUUCAAUCUGCAGCACCACCUACCACAUCAAGCGCUGCACUUCGAGAGCAACACAAAUCACCACCAUCCACACCAUUCCUCACCAAUCCACACCUUCAACAUCAAUCAUAG